AUGGCUAGAAAGGCAGUCAAAAGAAACGAUACCGUUUCUUCUCCAAUACUGACUGAGAAAACAAUCACCACCAAGCCGCAGCAGUUGAUAGGAACCCUAAUUUCAUCGUCACUUCACUCAUCGCCACUUCCCACUAUUCCUUUCGAUCUCAUUCCAGAAAUUCUCUAUAGGCUCCCUGUGAAACCCCUCAUGCAAUUUCGAUGUGUGUGCAAGUGGUGGAAUUCUCUAAUUUCUGAUCCCAAAUUCGCCAAGAAGCACUUUCGCUUCUCAACCACAUGCCUCAUCCACAUCUUAACCUACUCCUCACUCUCACAAAAGUACACUAUCAAGUCUUACCCUCUCGACUCUCUUUUCACCAAAGACGUAGCCUGCAAGAAAAUCGCGCAGCACGAGAUUCCUUCCAACCAUGCUAACCCUUCCAUUAGAAAAUUCAUUCAAUUGCCCCCACUUGAAUUGCAACUUAAUGGUUAUAUUCUUCAGAUGCAUGGCUUCGGCCAUGAUCCUAUUUCUGAUAAUUACAAGGUGGUGGUUGUUUUUCUGGAUUAUGAUAGCACUGAUAAUAACAAAACUGAUGUAAAGGUGGUUCAUAAUGUGGGUACCAAUAUCUGGAAAGACAUUAAAGAGACAUUCCAAUAUGAUCGGUUCAUUGUGGAGCAGAAAUCAGGAAAAUAUGUGAAUGGCACGAUUAAUUGGUUGGCUUCUAAAGAUUAUAGUAAAGGUCAACGUUUUAUUGCUUCUUUUGAUUUGGGAAACGAGUCUUAUAAAAAAGUUUUGCUACCUGAUUGUGAUUAUAGAGCAAUAGAUUCACUUACUUUGCACUUGAGUGUUUUCGGGAAUUGUUUGUGCUGGAUUUCUAGUAAUGAUGUUUGGAUAAUGAAGGAAUAUGGGAUGACAGCGUCUUGGACUAAAUUGUUCACUAUUCCUUUCAUGCCAUCUUAUUAUUUCUUUGCCAAUUUUGAAUUCAUCCUAGAAGUCUGCGUCGAAAGUUUGAUAUCACCUUGUUCUUAA